UUUUUUUUUUCUUAUAAAUUAGCAUUCUUGUAAAGCAGCAAAUGAUUAACUCACUUUUUGUAGUUAAUAAUCAAGGUAAAAUCAUCAUUGAAAAGCAUUGGCGUGGAAUUAUAUCAAGACAGAUUGUAGAAGUGUUUAAUAACGAAUGUGAAAAGUUUAUAACUUCCAUACCUGAUUCACUUAAAGAUAAUGCAAGUAAUCGAGUAACAGCAAUUAAAGAUGCAUAUUUUACUCGAGAUGACAUACCUCCUAUAUUGGAAACAAAUAAGUAUUGGUUAUUAAAUGUAUUAAGAGAUGACUUGACAUGGUUAUGUCCUGUUGAAAGAGAAGUGGAUCCUAUGCUUGUAUUUGAAUUUAUACAUCGUAUUAUGGAUAUUUUGACUGAUUAUUUGGGUGAAGUGUCCGAAUCAUCUAUUAGAGAAAACUUUGUAACAGUUUAUCAGUUAUUGGAAGAAAUGAUGGAUUAUGGCUAUCCUUUAACAACUGAACCUAAUGCUUUAAAAGAAAUUAUUAUGCCACCAACAAUUAUGAAUAAAAUGAUGACUACAGUUGGGGCAGCAGCUGGAGUUGCUCCCAAAUUCCCUCAGAGCAUGUCAAAUAUACCAUGGAGAAAAGCUGGAGUUAAAUAUGCUCAGAAUGAAAUUUAUUUUGAUAUAAUUGAAGAAAUAGAUGCUACUAUUGCUGCGAAUGGUGGAGUUGUUUCUUGUGAAGUUCAUGGCUCAGUACAAGCUAAUUGUAAAUUAUCAGGGAUGCCCGAUUUAACCUUGAAUUUUGUUAAUGCAAGAGUGAUUGAUGAUGUUAGUUUUCAUCCCUGUGUUAGAUAUCGUAAAUGGGAUAGUGAAAAGGUGUUAUCAUUUGUUCCUCCUGAUGGACAUUUUAAAUUAAUGUCAUAUAGAACAUCAUUAUCAUCUUAUCAAGCAAUGCCAUUACAAGUCAAGCCACAAAUUAUAGCUAGUAAGAAUGGCGGUAAAUUCGAUAUUACGAUUCAUUCUAGAUUCUCGGAUGGUAAACCUAUAGAAAAGAUCGUUUUGACUUUACCUAUGCCAAAGAGUACAUCAAGUGUAAAUGCAACUUGUAAUUCAGGGCAAUAUAUGUAUGAUCCAGUAAAUAAGACAAUUAGAUGGGAAAUUAGUAAGCUUACACAAAGAGAUCGAGCUCCUUUAUUAUCUGGUACAUUUAGUUCAAGGUAAAUGAUACAUAGAUAUUUAUAUAUGUAAUCGAAAAUUGCCUUAAUUAAUUACUUUAUAUAUACACACACACACACACACACAUAUAUAUAUAUAUACAUAUAGUGAAUCAAAUCCUGAGUUAGGCAUGAGUAUAAAUUUAGAAUUUCAAAUCAAUAUGUAUGCUAUUUCAGGGCUAAAAGUGGAUAGUCUUCGCUUAUACCAUGAAGGUUAUAAGCCUUAUAAGGGUGUGAGAAGUAUGACAAAAGCUGGCAAUAUUCAUAUAAGAACAUGAUAAGAUAUACAUAUGUAUAUGUAUAUUAUGUAUAUUAUGUACAAACAAAUAUCUUCUGUUAUAUUUAUUAUUAUACCUCUUUUGUUAUUUGAAAUUAAAUGUAUACAAAUAUAUUU